UCUCCGGUUGCGUGCCGUUCUUUUUAUAGCCCGGCGGCUGAAAUGUGAAGGGUCACGCCGCCGGGAGGAUAAAUACGAGGGGGCGGCCCGCUCAGAGGCUGUCGCAGACGAAGGCCGCUUCUCUACCUCCAUCGUUCUUCUCCCAGCUCUCCUUCUCACCUCCAAGAGUCAAGAUGCCUCACGCGUACCCCUUCCUCACUCCUGAGCAGAAGAAGGAGCUCAGCGAUAUCGCUCACAAGAUCGUCGCUCCCGGCAAGGGAAUCCUCGCCGCCGACGAGUCUACCGGUAGCGUCGCCAAGCGCUUCCAGAGCAUCAACGCCGAGAACACGGAGGAGAACCGCAGGCUGUACCGCCAGCUCCUGUUCACGGCCGACGAUCGCGCCGCCCCCUGCAUCGGCGGCGUCAUCCUCUUCCACGAGACCAUGUACCAGAAGACGGACGGCGGCGUGCCCUUCCCCCAGCACCUCAAGGAGAGAGGCAUGGUGGUGGGCAUCAAGGUCGACAAAGGGGUGGUCCCUCUGGCGGGAACCAACGGCGAGACCACCACUCAGGGUCUGGACGGGCUGUACGAGCGCUGCGCCCAGUACAAGAAGGACGGCGCCGACUUUGCCAAAUGGCGCUGCGUGCUGAAGAUCACCCCCACCACCCCCUCCAGACUGGCCAUCGUGGAGAACGCCAACGUCCUGGCCCGCUACGCCAGCAUCUGCCAAAUGCACGGCAUCGUGCCCAUCGUGGAGCCCGAGAUCCUCCCCGACGGCGACCACGACCUGAAGCGCUGCCAGUACGUGACGGAGAAGGUCCUGGCCGCCGUUUACAAGGCUCUGUCGGACCACCACGUCUACCUGGAGGGGACGCUGCUCAAGCCCAACAUGGUCACCGCCGGCCACUCCUGCUCCAUGAAGUUCAGCAACCAGGAGAUCGCCAUGGCCACCGUGACCGCCCUGCGCCGCGCCGUGCCCCCCGCCGUCCCCGGCAUCACCUUCCUGUCCGGCGGUCAGAGCGAGGAGGAGGCCUCGGUCAACCUGAACGCCAUGAACCAGUGCCCCCUGCACAGGCCCUGGGCCCUGACCUUCUCGUACGGACGUGCCCUGCAGGCGUCGGCGCUCAAGGCCUGGGGCGGCAAAGCGGAGAACGGGAAGGCGUGCCAGGAGGAGUUCAUCAAGAGAGCGCUGGCCAACAGCCAAGCGUGCCAGGGCAAAUACAGUUCCUCGGCAGCCAGCGCCGCCGGCGGCGAGUCCCUGUUUGUGGCCAAUCACGCUUAUUAAGGCGCCUGCGCCACGGCCGCGCCCCCCUUUCGUCACCUCACCGCUGGGCCCGAGGCUCCUCCGUUUGCCUCCGUUCCCUAGACCGUGUGCCCAUGAUUCGA